AUGUCCUCCACCACGAUCAACUUCAUUACUGGGAACAAGAACAAGCUUGCUGAAACUAGAGCCAUCCUAGGUGAUACGGUACAGCUUUCAAAUCAAAACGUAGAGAUCCUUGAAAUCCAGGGCUCUCUGGAAGAAAUUGCGCGAGACAAGUGUCGAAAAGCAGCUAUAGCAGUCAACGGCCCUGUCUUGACAGAGGAUAGUGCUCUUGAAUUCAGGGCUCUCAAAGGUUUACCUGGGCCAUAUAUAAAAUGGUUCUACUCUGCUCUGGGCGAUGAUGGCCUAUGCAAACUACUCGCAGCUUAUGACGACAAAGCAGCCACGGCCGUGUGCACAUUUGCCUUCUCCGCCGGCCCAGGGUCUGAGCCUCAUCUUUUCCAGGGAUGUACUGAAGGCAAGAUUGUUGAUAAAAGAGGAGAAGGUGGGUUUGGUUUUGAUCCCAUAUUUGAAGUCGAAGGUCAAACCUAUGCAGAAAUGAGUUUUGCAUACAAGACCGAGUCUUCCAAGACCACGAAGUCCAUCCCCCCUCAGCUGAUCGCCUCAGUCGCAGCUUUCUUGUCGGAAAAUUUCCCAGAGACCAGCACCGCCUUCACCAAGGAAGCAAAGUCGGGCAAGAAGAGUGAUGCGAAAAAUGUCCCCUCUCUCUUGGAGCUCUUCCAAGCCUCUGAGCAGGGAUCUAGCGUGAAGAAGUCUGCUAGCAACAGCUCUUCCUCCAGCUCAAGCAGCGGCUCCGAUAGUGACUCGGAUGUUGAGAUGGGCGACGCUGCUCGCUCGUCCUCUCCUUCGUCUUCCUCUUCCAGCUCUGACAGCGAUGCGGAUGAUGAGGACGAUGAUAAGUCCCCUGCGGCUCCUACCCCCGCCCCCGCCCAGGUCAAGAAGUCUGCCGGUGUGAAGCGCAAGGCCGAGUCCAGCAGCGAGUCUAGCAGCUCCUCCGACUCCGACUCCUCUUCGUCCGAAGAUGACAGCCCUAAGGCUAAGAAGGCCAAGACCUCCCCCACCCCCAAGGAGGCAUCGUCCUCAUCCGACUCUUCGUCCUCGUCCUCGGAUUCUUCCAGCUCAGACUCCGAUUCCUCGUCGAGCUCUUCUUCGUCUUCCUCGUCCGAUUCCUCCUCCGAUUCCUCGUCUGACUCUUCUUCUGACUCUUCUUCCGACUCUUCCUCCUCCGACUCUUCUUCCGAGUCCGAGUCCGAGUCCGAGUCCGAGAAGGAAUCCAAGAAGGCCCUGAAGAAGGCAAAGAAGACUCCUCUCCCCGAGUCCGACUCCUCUUCUGACUCCGAAUCUUCCUCAUCCGGCAGCAACACCGUCGCGCCUACCCCGGAGACCGAGAUCAAGCCCGUCAAGAAGGUCGAGGAGGCUGUGAAGACCUCCUCCUCGAGCGCCAGCCCCGCUCAUGGAAACGGACCUGUUAAGAAGAAGCACACCGGAGCUCGCCCCACUCCUCUGGCUCUCCUGAGCGAGUUGCCCCAUGACCACCCCUCCAACGACUACAUGUCGUACGCCUACGCAGACCGCGCCUGGAAAGACCUGUCCGUGACUCGCGGCAAGGGCUUCACCAAGGAGAAGAACAAGAAGAAGCGUGGCUCUUACCGCGGCGGUCCUAUCGACAUUGCCCCCGGCACCACUUCCUACAAGUUUGAGGAUUAA